UUGUCUAUCGAGAUUCAAGAGUGUCAUCGUCAAUGUUAUUCCUGUUUUCGUCACAUCGGAGAGCAAAGAGAAGCUAUUCACUAUGGGAGUCCUUCUUAAAGCUAAAGGACUUCGCAUGUCUGCACAGAAACAAGAAACUCUACUGAAAUUGACUAUUCUUUCAUUUGCAGCUGUUUUAUCUUUUGCAACUCGUCUUUUUUCUGUUCUGAGAUUUGAAAGUGUUAUCCAUGAAUUUGAUCCUUAUUUUAACUAUAGAACAACUAAGUAUUUGUCAGAAGAAGGUUUUUAUAAUUUCUUGAAUUGGUUUGAUGAUAGAGUAUGGUAUCCACUUGGAAGAAUUAUUGGAGGAACAAUCUAUCCAGGGUUGAUGGUGACUUCAGCAACUUUCUAUCAUUUAGCACAGAUGCUAAAUAUUACUAUUGAUAUAAGAAAUGUCUGUGUUUUUCUUGCUCCUUUAUUUUCUAGUUUUACUACUAUUAUAACUUAUCUUCUUACAAAGGAACUAAAAGACUCUGCCUCUGGCUUAUUUGCAGCAUCGAUGAUAUCAAUCGUUCCUGGUUAUAUAUCUAGAUCAGUUGCAGGAUCAUAUGACAAUGAAGGCAUAGCAAUUUUCUGCAUGCUUUUCACCUAUUAUAUGUGGAUUAAGGCUGUGAAAACUGGGGCUAUUUUCUGGUCAACUUGUACUGCCAUUGCAUACUUUUACAUGGUUUCUUCUUGGGGAGGCUAUGUUUUCCUAAUCAACCUCAUACCAUUGCAUGUAUUAACUUUAAUGGUAACAGGAAGAUUCUCGCAUCGCAUUUACGUCGCAUAUAGUAUUCUUUAUUGCUUGGGAACAAUAUUGUCCAUGCAAAUUCCAUUUGUUGGAUUCCAACCAGUUCAAAGUUCUGAACACAUGCUUGCAAUUGUAGUAUUUGGUCUAUGUCAGAUACACGCACUAGUCGAUUACCUGCGUAGCAAAUUGUCGAAAAACGAUUUUGAUUUGCUCUUUCAAGGUCUUAUUAUUUCAACAUUGAUUGUGUCAAUCGUGGUUGGUGCCAUUUUAACUAUCACCGGAAAAAUUUCUCCGUGGACCGGAAGAUUUUACUCAUUAUUAGAUCCUUCUUAUGCCAAGAAUCACAUUCCAAUAAUAGCAUCAGUCUCAGAACACCAGCCUACCUCCUGGAGUUCAUUCUAUUUCGAUUUGCAAAUAUUGGUUUUCCUAUUUCCUGCUGGUCUAUAUUUCUGCUUUUCAAAUAUGACCGACUCUAAUAUAUUUUUGAUUCUCUAUGGAGCUACCAGUCUUUAUUUUGCUGGUGUUAUGGUACGUUUAAUGCUGGUACUAGCACCUGUAAUGUGUAUUUUAGGAGGUAUUGGCGCUUCAUCUUUACUUAUCAAGUAUAUGAAAGAUUUAGACAGUGGAAAAACUGUUGACAAAAAGUCAAAGAAGUUUGAAAACAAUUACGUCUUGAGAAAAGAGGUUGCAACAUUGUUCAUUGGAGUGAUGUGUGUAUUAUUCGCUUCGUACACCGUACACUGUACUUGGGUGACGGUAGAAGCAUACAGUUCUCCAAGUAUCGUAUUGUCUGCUCGAUCACCCGACGGUGGCCGAAUGAUUUUUGAUGAUUUCAGAGAAGCUUACUAUUGGUUACGUAUGAAUACUCCUGAGGAUGCUAGAGUGAUGUCUUGGUGGGAUUACGGGUAUCAAAUAACGGCUAUGGCCAAUCGAACGAUAUUGGUGGAUAACAAUACUUGGAAUAAUACGCACAUAUCAAGGGUUGGCCAAGCCAUGGCAAGUUCGGAGGAAAAGUCGUAUGAGAUUAUGCGUGAACUCGAUGUUGAUUACGUUCUCGUCAUCUUUGGUGGACUGACUGGAUACUCUUCCGAUGAUCUCAACAAGUUCCUGUGGAUGGUGAGAAUUGCUGGCAGUACAGAAAAAGGAAAGUCAAUAUCGGAGUGGGAUUAUUACAAUCCUGCUGGAGAAUUCAGGGUUGAUAAAGAGGGAACUCCUACGCUACUUAAUUGUCUAAUGUAUAAAAUGUGCUACUAUAGAUUCGGUCAAGUUUACACGGAAGGAGGAAAACCCUCUGGUUACGAUCGAGUGAGGAACAUGGAAAUCGGUAACAAGGACUUCGAGCUCACGACUCUUGAGGAAGCCUAUACGACUGAGCAUUGGCUCGUGCGCAUUUACAAAGUGAAAGACUUGAGAAACCGAGGCAACUGACAACUCGUAAGUUCCUUGUACUAAUAGAGAUGGUUUCUUUUUUCGGACUUCCAGUGACAAGUACGUAGAGAAAACAAAAAAAGAAGGUUCUAUUAUUUUUUAUACAUGAUUAAGUCCUAAAAAACAAAAAGUGAUGUUUUAUAAUCGCUGUCCAUCGCACCAUACACAAUCUCAUGUAAUGUAAGUUAUAUAAAUAAGAUUUUUUCAACAAUUAUAAAUAUAACUUU